UUCUCACUCUCUCUCUCAGCCGAAGCGAAUCUGGCAUUCAACCUUUCCUUUCCUUUUUUGAAAAUGGUCCCGCCUUCUUAAUCCUCAUAUAGCAUUCCAUCGGAAUGUAGAAACCCUACGAAAACCAACCUCCUCUCCAACCCCCUCUCCUUCAAUCCUCUCUUUCCCUCCAUGGCUUUGGACGACCACAUCGAACGGAUUCUAUGGACUGAGCAAGAAAUCUCUGACCGAGUUUCCCAACUCGCUUCUCAGAUUUCCGACGAUUUCAAGGACUUCCCAUCUCCCCCUGUCAUCGUCGGCGUUGCCACGGGUGCGUUUAUGUUCUUGGCCGACAUCGUAAGGAAGAUCAAGCUUCCCGUAGCUGUCGAUUUCGUUCGUGCCGAAUCCUAUGGUUCUGGAACGGAAUCGAGUGGGGCUCCGAGGAUUUCUUGCGACGUUAAGAUGGAUAUCAGCGGAAAGCAUGUUAUUUUGGUGGAGGACAUUGUAGACACAGGAAAUACUUUAUCUUGUCUCAUUUCUCACUUGGAAUCGAAGGGAGCAUGCUCUGUAUCGGUUUGCGCUUUCCUUGAUAAACCUUCAAGGCGGAAAGUUCAUUUCAAGUUAGUGGGUGAAGGAAAGUUUUACCGUGGAUUUGAGUGCCCAGACUAUUUUGUUGUAGGUUACGGCAUGGACUUUGAUGAACUUUAUCGUAACUUGGCCUAUGUUGGGAUCUUGAAGCCUGAAUUAUACAAGUGAUUUGAUAUGUUAGUAUGUUAUUACAUAACAUUAUUCAUAUAUUUUAAACAGAUUUGUAUUGGGUGAUGGUGUGAUGCAAAUGAUACAUUCUGUUAUAGAACAAUAAAUAAAUGCAAAUGAUACAUUCUGUUAUAGAACAAUAAAUAACAAAGCAUGUGGAUGUGUUUCUAGGCUUU